AAGAGAGAGAUCGUCAUAACUCAUACUUUUGCUUCAGAGUAUCCAAAACUAACAGAAAAUUAUACAUUGUCUCUCUCGCCUCCUCUCAAUUUCACACAAACACAUCUCACUACACAAAAAACAAAACCCUAUUUCCUAUUUCUAACACACACACUCUCUCUUUCUCCCAUUCUCUUUCACUCUUUGCCCAUUCAUUCUCCAACUCUCAACCUAAACCAAACCAACUUCUCUAUUUUCUUCUUCUCUCUAUUCGCAUUCUGCGAUAAGGUUUCUGCCGGUUAUCUCUCAAACGUCGACGUUUUACUCCCAUAGUUAAUGACUGCCUCGCCUCUAGGGUUAGUUGGUUCUCUUUUUGUAUCUAGCUUUUCGCUCUCGCAAUCAAGCCUUGACGCCGUAACCCUAGGUUCUGGAGGAGUGAUUUUUUAACCCAAUCAAUUAAUCUCCUGUUUGUCCUUAUUCUUGAUUUUCUGUUUUUCUUUUUUUAAAUUACCUAUUUUCUUUCCACACUGAAUAUAGGGUUGCCCUCUAGGGUUUUUAUUAUUAUUAUUUUUUUAAAAUUUUGGAGAACCUGAUGGGUUUGCAAUGCUGUGAGUAUUGAGUUCUGGCAUUGUUGCCGUAGUGGUGCGUGGUAAAACAUCUGUGAGUGGUUUAUAGUGGAAAUCCGUGUUUUGAUUAAUAAUGGAGGCUUAGCUUUGAGAAGUAGUUUGGCUACAUUCCUCGGGUUUCAAUACUCAAGUUUGUUGUUAGGGGAACAUAUAGUCUUGUUUCUGGACUUGUUUUGGACCAGUUACGGCUGGGUUCUUUAUAUCCAUGCUGCUGUUGAAAGAUAGUAAAUGGAGGAGUAAUUGAAUUUCACUGCAAAAAGUGUUGGUAUUUCUUGUUGUUUGGGAAGAGUUUUUCCCGGAGGGGGUUUCUUGAUUAGGUUGGGCUCUUGAAGAGUGAUGACUGGUGCAUGGUAGAGAAGGGGAUUUAUACACUUACAAACAAGUGUGAUAGUGCCACUUGGGGGUGGGACUUGGUGAAGAGGUGCCCCAAUUUAUUUUUUGUUGUUUCUGAUGAUGUUCAGUCUUAGUUAUGGAAAGAAGUGAACCCACAUUAGUUCCAGAAUGGUUGAGAAGUGCUGGAAGUGUUGCUGGGGCUGGCAGUUCAGUCCAACAUUUUCCAUCCUCGUCUACUCACAAUGAUUCUCCUUCUGUAGCUCAUCAUGCAAGGAAUAGGUCUUCUAAGAACGGUAGUGAUUUUGAUAGUGCUCGAUCUCUGUUUCUUGAAAGGACAUCCUCAUCAAAUUCCCGGAGGAGUUCUAUAAAUGGCUCUGCCAAGCAUGCCUAUAGUAAUUUUAACAGAAGCCAUCGUGACAAAGACCGUGAUAGAGAGAAAGAUAGAUUAAGUUUCGGUGAUAUCUGGGAUAGUGAUGGUCCUGACCCAUUAGCCAACCUCUUUUCUGGAAGGAAGGAGAGGGAGCCAUUGCGCCGUUCUAAUUCAAUGGUUUCCAGGAAACAGAGUGAGGUUAUACCCCGUAGAGUCGCAGUUGACACUAAAUCUGGUGGCGGUAGCCAUCAUAGCAAUAGCAAUGGCAUUCUUUCUGGGAGUAAUGUUAGUAGUAGUAUUCAGAAAGCUGUAUUCGAGAAGGAUUUUCCAUCACUUGGUAUUGAAGACAAACAAGGAACAACUGAAGUGGUGAGGGUUUCAUCUCCUGGUUUGGGUGGUGCUACUAGUCAGAGCCUGCCUGUUGGUAGUUCUGCUUUGAUUGGAGGGGAGGGAUGGACAUCUGCACUAGCAGAGGUGCCCACUUUAAUUGGGAGCAGCAGUACUGGAUCUCUUUCUGUGCAGCACACUGUUAAUACAACUGGGUCUGUAUCAUCAAGUACCACAGCUAGUCUUAAUAUGGCUGAGGCAUUGGCACAGACUCCAUCUCGAGCUCGGUCUGUUCCCCAGGUGCAAGUGAAAACCCAAAGGCUUGAGGAACUGGCUAUCAAGCAGUCAAGACAGUUGAUUCCAGUAACACCUUCAAUGCCUAAAGCUUUGGUUCUUAAUUCUGAGAAAUCAAAGCCCAAAACAGCUAUCAGAAAUGCUGAGAUGAAUGUAGUUGCAAAGACUGUGCCACAGCAACCCUCUGCCUUGCACAUUGCAAACCAAUCUGUUCGCAGUGUAAACGCCAAAACUGACACUCCAAAGACAUCUGGAAAGUUUACUGAUCUGAAAUCCGUAGUGUGGGAAAACGGUGCUUCCCCUACCUCCAAGGAUGUAUCACACCAAACAAAUUAUUCUAACAGCAAACCGGGAAAUCAUCAUGCUUCUGCAUCUGCCUCCGCAUCUGCUCCUUUGAGGAACCUCAAUAACCUAAAAUCUUCCACUGAAAGGAAAUUAGCUUCUUUGGAUCUUAAAUUAGGUUCAACUUUGGAUAAGAAACAUUCCAUCUCUCAAGUGCAGAGCCGGAAUGAUUUCUUUAAUCUCAUUAAGAAGAAAACAUUGAUGAACUCUUCUUCAGUUCUUCCAGAUUCGGGCCCAAUGGUUUCAUCUCCCCUGGUGGAGAAAUCAGAUGAAGUAAAUAGGGAAAUAGUUAAUGAAUCUGCCAAUCCCCAGUCUCUCGGGAAUGGUACCGAACUGACUAGCAAUGGUAAUACCCAUGCUCAUGAAGAGGUUCAAAGACUUUCUGAUAAUGAAGAAAAAGAAUCAAUUCCCUGUGCUACAAUAUAUCCAGAUGAGGAAGAAGCUGCAUUCCUUCGUUCUCUUGGCUGGGAGGAGAACUCAGACGAGGAUGAAGGCCUUACAGAAGAAGAAAUCAAUGCUUUCUAUCAGGAGUGCAAGAACUUGGGUCCUACUACGUUCAAGAUAUGCCAGGGAAUGCAGCCAAAGCUGUCCAAGUUGUUCGAAUCUUAUGCAUCUAACUUGCAUGGAUCUUCUGCUGAGUUGAGCUCUACUGAUCCAGGAUCUCAAGCUUGAUAAACUGUUUCUUUAAUCAUAUAGCUAGAUCCAAGUUUCAUAUUUUUGAUGGCAGAUGAUUAGUUCCAUUCCUUUUGUUCUGAAGGCCAAUGAUUCGAGAGUGAAAGAAGAGGGGUGGGUUUUGAUUAGAACCUUGCAUUUUGCAAAUAUUGCAAUAAGUUACAGGUGCCUCAAUCCUGCCUGUUUAACAGGUUUUUUUUUUCUUUUUUUUUCUCGUUUUUCGGUUAAAGGUUACAGGGUUGGUUGGUAGGGGCUAUUUUGUCUGCAGUGGAAGAUGCUAGGCUGUUGCAUCUUUUUGGGGCAUUUUGAUCCGUUUCUUUUCUUUCAUGAGGGUUUGAUUCUACAUGAUAAAGUUUUUAUGCUGUUUUUGGUCAAUUUUACAAAAAAAAAGGAAAUUAAAGUUUUUUUAUUGGCUUA